AUGGCGGACACCUACGCUUCGCAUUUCAGUGUAAACAACAUCCCAUAUGGGAUCGCCAGCUCUUCGACACGCCAUGCACCACAGUGCGCGACACGAAUUGGUGAUGAGGUUAUUUUCCUGGCAGAGCUCGCGGAGCAUGAAUCUCUCAAGAAUAUCCCGGCACCGUUAUCUUCCAUCUUCCGCGAACCCACAUUGAACACAUUCGCCGCGCUCGGAAAAGACGUGCAAACCCAAGUACGUUCCGCAAUACAAGAAGAGUACAAGAACAAGACAUAUGCCAAAUGCUCAGAAAACGUCAGUGGUGUUACCCUCCAUAUGCCAGUCCAUGUUGGAGAUUUCACAGACUACAGCGCUUCCGCGAACCACGUUCUCAAUGCCGGGGAAGCAGUACUAGGAGUUCGUGCCUAUCCUCCAGCUUUCAAAAAGUACCCAGUAGGCUAUGCAGGUCGAUCGAGUUCAAUCACUGUGUCAGGAGCGUUCGUCACGAGACCCUUGGGUCAGUUCAUCGAGGACUAUACCGUUCCAGAGAAGAAGAUCAUCUUUGGGCCAUCGCGGGGCUUGGAUUAUGAGAUGGAAGUUGCUGCAGUAAUCGGCACUCCUGUAGAACCUGGCACGUAUCUGAACGCGAAGGACGCAGAUGACCACAUUUUUGGUCUAGUCUUACUGAACGACUGGAGCGCAAGAGACAUUCAAGGCCUGGAAAUGAACCCUCUAGGUCCCUUCAACGGCAAGAACUUUAUGACUUCAAUCACGCCUUGGGUCGUUACGCUAGAAGCAUUAAAGCCUCACGAGAUCUCAGCUCCACCUCGCAUGGAGCCUGUAGCUUCUUUCAUGGACGACUCCAAGAGCAUCAACUACAACAUCCAGCUGGAGGGUCAGAUCAUCCGAAACGGUAAACAAACCACGACUUGCAAGGUUGGCUUCGAAACGAUGUAUUGGACCUUUAGACAUAUGUUAGCGCACCAUACUAUUGGCGGCUGUGGACUCCGCACAGGAGAUUUGAUCGCCAGCGGUACAGUGUCCGGCGAACAGGAGCAUGAACACGGAUGUCUGCUUGAAUUGACGAAGAACGGCAAGGCUCCAAGUACGUUGAGCGACGGAUCCGAGUUACGCUACCUCAACGAUGGGGACGAAGUGCGCUACAUAGGUGUAGUUGGUGAUGGAAGCGAUGGAGUCGGAUUUGGAGCAUGUGUUGGCACCGUAAAGUCUGCCCGGAAAGUAUAA